GAUGUGGAAAAUAUAUUUAGUCGUAUAUCAGACAUUCAUGAACUUAGUGUGAAGUUACUGGGUCAUAUAGAAGACACUGUUGAAAUGACAGAUGAAGGUAGUCCUCACCCACUAGUAGGCAGCUGUUUUGAAGAUAUGGCAGAGGAACUAGCAUUUGAUCCGUAUGAAUCAUAUGCACAAGAUAUUUUGCGACCUGGAUUUCAUGAUCAUUUCCUAAGUCAAUUAUCAAAGCCAGGAGCAGCAUUUUAUUUACAGUCAAUAGGUGAAGGCUUUAAAGAAGCUGUUCAGUAUGUUCUACCCCGGCUGCUCCUUGCCCCUGUUUACCACUGUCUUCAUUAUUUUGAACUGCUAAAACAAUUGGAAGAAAAAAGUGAGGAUGAAGAGGAUAAAGAGUGCUUAAAGCAAGCAAUAACUGCCCUACUAAAUCUUCAAAGCAGUAUGGAACGGAUAUGCUCUAAAAGCCUUGCAAAAAGAAGGCUUAGUGAAUCUGCAUGCCGGUUCUAUACUCAGCAGAUGAAGGGGAAACAGCUAGCAAUUAAGAAAAUGAAUGAAAUCCAGAAAAAUAUUGAUGGUUGGGAGGGUAAGGACAUUGGACAAUGCUGUAACGAGUUCAUCAUGGAAGGAACACUCACACGUGUGGGAGCAAAGCACGAGAGACACAUAUUUCUAUUUGACGGCUUGAUGAUUUGCUGUAAGUCAAAUCAUGGCCAGCCAAGACUUCCUGGUGCUAGCAAUGCAGAAUAUCGACUAAAGGAAAAGUUCUUCAUGCGAAAGGUACAAAUCAAUGAUAAAGAUGACACUAAUGAGUACAGACACGCUUUUGAAAUCAUCUUAAAGGAUGAGAACAGUGUUAUUUUUGCUGCUAAAUCAGCUGAAGAGAAAAACAACUGGAUGGCAGCAUUGAUAUCUUUGCAAUAUAGAAGCACGCUGGAAAGGAUGUUGGAUGUCACAAUGUUGCAGGAAGAAAAAGAGGAGCAGAUGAGAUUUCCAAAUCCUGAGCUUUAUAGAUUUGCAGAACCUGACUCUGAAGAGAAUAUUGUAUUUGAAGAAAACAUGCAACCCAAAUCUGGAAUCCCCAUCAUUAAGGCAGGAACUGUUGUCAAGCUCAUUGAGAGGCUGACUUACCAUAUGUAUGCAGAUCCCAACUUUGUUCGGACUUUUCUCACAACAUAUAGAUCCUUCUGUAGACCUCAAGAGUUGCUGAGUCUGCUAAUAGAAAGGUUUGAAAUUCCGGAGCCUGAGCCAACAGAAGCUGACCGUAUUGCUAUGGAGAAUGGAGACCAGCCUCUUAGUGCGGAGUUAAAAAGGUUUAGGAAAGAGUACAUUCAGCCUGUGCAGCUAAGAGUAUUAAAUGUAUGUCGCCACUGGGUAGAACACCACUUCUAUGACUUUGAAAGAGAUGCUGAUCUUCUGAAACGUUUGGAGGAAUUCAUUGGAACAGUAAGAGGAAAAGCAAUGAAGAAAUGGGUGGAAUCCAUCACAAAGAUAAUCAACCGGAAAAAGCAGGCCCAAGCCAUUGGGCCGAGUCACAACAUCACUUUUGAGAGUCCACCUCCAGCCAUUGAGUGGCACAUAAGCAAACCAGGACACACAGAGACUUUUGAUUUGCUCACUUUGCAUCCCAUAGAAAUUGCUCGGCAGCUCACUUUACUUGAGUCAGAUUUUUACAGAGCUGUGCAGCCAUCUGAACUAGUAGGAAGUGUGUGGACAAAAGAAGAUAAAGAAAUUAAUUCUCCCAACCUUCUCAAAAUGAUAAGGCAUACAACUAACCUCACUUUGUGGUUUGAAAAAUGCAUUGUAGAAACAGAAAACCUAGAGGAAAGAGUAAUUGUAGUGAGCCGGAUAAUUGAGAUCCUGCAAGUUUUCCAAGAGCUAAACAACUUUAAUGGUGUCCUUGAGAUCGUCAGUGCUAUGAACUCUGCAGCAGUGUAUAGGUUGGAUCACACAUUUGAGCAAAUUCCAAGUCGCCAGAAGAAGAUUUUAGAAGAAGCUUAUGAGUUGAGUGAGGAUCAUUAUAAGAAAUACUUGGCAAAACUCAGGUCUAUUAAUCCUCCUUGUGUGCCUUUUUUUGGGAUUUACUUAACUAACAUUUUGAAAACAGAAGAAGGCAAUCCUGAAUUUCUAAAGCGACAUGGAAAAGAACUUAUAAACUUCAGCAAGAGAAGAAAGGUAGCUGAAAUAACAGGAGAGAUACAGCAGUACCAGAACCAGCCAUAUUGUUUAAGAGUGGAAUUUGACAUCAGGAGAUUUUUUGAAAACCUGAAUCCUAUGGGAAGCAGUGUGGAGACAGAAUUUACAGAUUAUCUGUUCAACAAGUCACUAGAGAUAGAGCCACGAAAUGUCAAGCCCCCACCAAGAUUUCCCAAAAAAUACAGCUAUCCCCUCAAGUCCCCAGGUGUUCGCCCUUCUAAUCCAAGGCCAGGUACCAUGAGACAUCCUACACCCCUGCAACAGGAGCCAAGGAAAAUCAGUUACAGCCGCAUCCCAGAGAGCGAGACUGAAGCUACAGCAUCUGCACCAAACUCUCCCCGAACACCUCUGACCCCUCCCCCUGCAUCUGCGACUUCAAGUACCACAGAUGCCUGCAGUGUGUUUGAUUCUGAUCCUUCCAGCCCUUUUCAUACAAGAUCUGCUUCUGUGUCAUCCAUGAACUUUACCAAAAAUUCAGAUGACACUCCUGUCCCUCCUCCAGUUCCUCCACGAAGAAGACCGGAAUCUGCCCCAGCUGAAUCCUCCCCAUCAAAAAUUACUUCUGCACACCUGGACAACCCACCAGCAAUCCCUCCUAGGCAACCAACUUCUAAAGUGUAUUCACCAAGGUACUCAGUGCCUGAUCGGACCUGUAUCUCUGACUCGUGUGUUACCACUGCAAGCCCUCCUGAGUUACCACCACGAGAACCUGUGCGAACUCCAGAUGUUUUCUCUAGCUCACCACUACACCUUCAGCCUCCACCGUUGGGGAGAAAAAGUGAACUCGGUAACACCUUUUUCCCAAACAGUCCAUCUCCAUUUACUCCCCCUCCCCCUCAGACACCUUCUCCACAUGUAGCACGGAGGCAUCUUCCGUCACCACCUUUGAUACCACAAGAUGUGGACCUCCCUUCUGUUGCUGGACCACCUGUUCCUCCACGACAAAGCACUUCUCAACAUAUCCCAAAGCUUCCUCCAAAAACUUACAAAAGGGAGCACACACACCCUUCAAUGCAUCGGGACGGACCACCAUUGUUGGAGAAUGCCCACUCAUCCUGAACUAUCCUGUGCGCUGGGAGUCGCAUUUUCCUGGUGCUAUGUCUGUUGCUGGCAAUGGAUGCACUGAACCUGGUGGUGUCAAGGAGUUGGGAUGUAUAUGCCAAACACUAAAAACUCUCCA